UUGAAACUUCUAACCUUCAAUUUUAGCACAGUAAUGCAACCAUACAUUAGGAGUUCAAUAAAAGUAGGUUACUAUAUACAUUUUGCACUAUGUGGGAGGCGUUAGCCAUUGUUGCUGUAUUACUUUCUUUAAUAUGGAGCCUAACUGGACGACCGAAAGGACUUCCGCCUGGUCCUACAUGUUACCCCAUCAUCGGCAAUGUCGGAAUCUUCAAACCGUCAGAGGGUCUGAAAGCUCACAGGAGACUGAGGAAGAUUUAUGGAGACAUCUAUACCAUAAUGAUCUUCCAUAAACCUAUAAUAUUUGUACACGGAUUCGACAACAUACGGGCAUUACUGGUCAAACAUGGCGAUGCCACCUCUGAGAGACCAAGAUCCCUUUCCAGUGAUUUAGCUCAAGGAAAUGGUGUCUUGUGGUCCUCAGGUUCUUUAUGGAAAGAAACAAGAUCGUUUGCACUGACGACAUUACGUAAGUUUGGAUUCGGGAGACGUUCCAUGGAAAGCCAAAUCAUGGAAGAAGUAGACUGCUUGAUGGGGAAAUUGGAAAAAUGUGAAAACGAGGCUUUUGAUAUUAAAAAUCUACUGAAUGCAUCCACGGCCAACGUCAUUUGUUCGCUUUUAUUUGGUAGAAGAUUUGAUUAUGAUGAUACAAGAUUCAAGCGUUUAAUUGAUCUCUUGUCGAAGGCGUUCAGUAGCGUUACCACAUCCUCACCAGUUUAUAUUUUCCCAUCUCUACGCAAAUUCAGGAUCUUUAACAUCGACACAGUUUUAAAAAAUGUUUAUGCUUAUAGGGCAUUUCUUGAUGAAAUAAUAGAGGAGCAUAGAAGAAAUUUUGACGAGAACCACAUCGAUGAUUUGAUUGAUGCUUUUCUUCUGGAACAAAAACAGACAUCAGAUGAAAUCAACAGUUUAUUUACAGCCAAAAAUCUAAACCAAACUUUAAGAGACAUGUUCCAAGCUGGCACUGAAACUUCUUCCACAACACUCAGAUGGGCACUACUUUUCUUGAUCCAUUAUCCGCACUGGCAGAAAAGAAUUCAAAAGGAAAUUGAUGACGUAAUCGGUCAAGGUCAGCCAAAUAUGAAACAAAAGGAACAGCUGCCAAUGGUAGAGGCAUUCAUUCUGGAAACUCAGCGACUUGGAAAUACUACUCCCAUGACGGCUCCACAUGCAGCCAAGGAAGACUUCACAUACAAAGGACACCUCUUUCCCAAAGGUACCUCGGUACUGUGUCUUUUGGAUUCCGCCUUGAUGGACCCAGAAACAUUUCCCGAACCUUCAAAGUUUAAACCAGAGCGGUUUUUAGAUGACAACGGGAGAUGUCGUGAAGACUUAAAAGACAAGUUAAUUUCAUUUUCAGUGGGGCCCAGGGUGUGCUUAGGAGAAGCCCUCGCAAAAAUGGAGCUCUUCCUUUUUUUCGUCCGAAUUCUACAGAAGUUUGAGAUAAAACCCGAGGAUCCCGAGUGUCUGCCUUCUUUAGAGGGAAGUUUUGGGAUUACACAAACUCCAAAUGCCUUUAACCUGAGACUUGUUAAACGUUAAAUCGUA